AUGAGGAGCCCGCGAGAGCUGGCAGACCGAUCAAAAUAUUGCCGCUUCCAUCGGCAGCAUGGGCAUGACACUGAACAGUGUCGUGAGUUAAAAAGGCAGAUCGAGGAGCUCAUCCAUAGAGGGCAUCUCGGCCAGUACCUUCGACCAGACAAGGAACUUUCGCCAUGCCCGGAGGGCCCUCUCGAGCGACACAUCGAUGUGAUAGCCGGCGGCCCCGCGUUUGGCGGGGGCUCCAUGAUGGGAAGAAAGGCUUACGCCAGAGCCGCCCCGACCGAAGCUCACGGGAACGGGCCCGAACCCGAGAUCACUUUCCCGACCGGAGCAUCCGAACAACCCGAGCACGACGAUGUGCUUGUGAUAUUGGCCAGGAUCGCCAACGCGCAAGUAAGGAGGAUCAUGGUCGAUACCGGGAGCUCAGCUGACAUACUUUACUUCGAUGCCUUCCAAAAGCUCGGCUUGGCUAGGGAGAACAUGAAGCCAAUGUGCUCGGCGCUCACUAGAUUCACCGGAGAUUCAAUCUCACCGUUGGGAGCUAUCACCCUGCCCUUAACCUUGGGGGCCCCGCCGAGGUCGAAGACAGUAAUGACCACUUUUCUAGUGGUCGACCUCCCCACCGCGUACAACGCCAUCCUCAGCCGACCAACCCUCAACAAG